AUGGCUACGGACCUGAGCGCAAAACCGAUUGUGGCAGAUGGCACUUCUUUUGCCCUCAAUGGCAAAAGCGUUUCGUACCGUUUCCAUGUGGAUAAUAUCACUGGUGAUCUCCUAGGAGAUCACUUCGGCGGCUCUGUCGGAGCUGAUAUCCCUUUGGAGACUGUCAAUGAGGUCAAUGGUUGUGAUGGUGCCUCAGGCCGUGUGCGCCGCGAGUUUCCAGAUCAAGGACGAGGGGAUUUUCGAAUUCCUGCUGUUCGCAUUCGCCAGUCCGCAGGAUAUACCGUGUCAAAAUUCGAGUACAAAUCGCACAAGAUCAUUCCCGGCAAGCCCGCGCUGUCUGGUUUGCCGGCAACAACAGGAUCGGAGGAGGAUGUCAGCACUUUGGUCAUUCAUCUAUAUGACAAGUAUAGUGAUGUUGCUGCCGACCUCUCGUACUCGAUCUUCCCCAAGCAUGAUGCCAUCGCGCGUAGCGUCAAUAUCACCAACCAUGGAAAGGCGAAUAUCACAAUCGAAUCUUUGGCCAGUCUGAGUGUGGACUUGCCAUUUGAAAAUCUGGACAUGAUUAGUCUGCGCGGAGACUGGGCAAGGGAAGCUCAGCGCCAGAGGAGAAAGGUCGAAUACGGCGUUCAGAGCUUUGGAAGUACGAAUGGCUACUCGUCUCACUUCCACAAUCCUUUCCUGGCCUUGGUGGAGCCCACUACCACCGAAUCCCAUGGCGAGGCAUGGGGAUUCUCGCUUGUGUACACGGGAUCCUUCUCGGUGGAGGUCGAGAAAGGCUCGCAGGGCUUCACACGUGCCCUCUUAGGCUUCAAUUCCAACCACCUGUCCUGGAAUUUGGCACCCGGAGAAAGCCUUACCUCUCCAGAGUGCGUCUCCGUGUACUCUAAUAGUGGCAUUGGUGGCAUGUCGCGCUCCUUGCAUCGCUUGUACCGCAACCAUCUCAUCAAGAGCAAAUUUGCCACUAGUGACCGUCCUACGCUACUCAAUAGUUGGGAAGGAUUAGUAUUCGACUUCGACGAGGGCAAGAUUUUCGACCUGGCAAAGGAAGCCGCCGAAGUAGGCGCCAAGCUCUUCGUUCUGGAUGAUGGAUGGUUCGGCAAGGAAUACCCACGAACCUCCGACACUCUUGGACUAGGUGACUGGACGCCGAACCCUGCGCGUUUCCCAGAUGGUCUAGGCCCUAUUGUGAAGAAUGUAACAAAUCUGAAAGCCGCCAACACCUCCACAAAUCUGCGCUUCGGUAUCUGGGUCGAGCCCGAAAUGAUAAGUCCAAAAUCCACUCUGUAUAAAGAGCACCCAGAUUGGGUUCUGCACGCAGGACCCUACCCUCGCACCGAGGCACGCACCCAGCUCGUGCUGAAUCUCGCUCUCCCCGCCGUCCAAGACUUCAUCAUCAAGUUCAUGACCGAUCUUCUCAACAGUGCAGACAUCACUUACAUUAAGUGGGAUAACAACCGGGGCAUGCACGAACUUCCUUCCCCUGCCACAAACCAUGCCUACAUGCUGGGCAUGUAUCGCGUGUUCGACGAACUGACAACCAAAUUCCCUGAUGUGCUUUGGGAAGGCUGCGCCUCAGGUGGUGGCCGUUUCGAUCCUGGUAUUCUGCAGUACUUCCCGCAGAUCUGGACAUCAGAUGACACAGAUGCCGUGGAGCGCGUCACCAUCCAGUUCGGUACUUCGCUCGCCUACCCGGCCAGCGCGAUGGGUGCCCAUCUGUCUGCCGUGCCAAACGGCCAGACUGGUCGCACAGUGCCGGUGGAAUUCCGGGGACAUGUCGCAAUGAUGGGCGGGUCGUUUGGCUUGGAACUCGACCCGGCUGAAAUGCCUGCGGAAGAGAAAGCUGCUUUGCCGGGGCUCAUUGCUCUCGCGGAGAAAGUAAACCCCAUUGUGCUCACCGGUGAUAUGUGGCGCUUGAACCUUCCAGAGGACUCGAACUGGCCUGCUGUGCUGUAUACUGCUGAGGAUGGUCAGCAGGCUGUGUUGUUUGUCUACCAGCUCGCUCCUAAUAUUGAUCAUUCCUGGCCGCGCAUUAGAUUGCAGGGACUGGAUGCACAGUCUUCAUACAAGAUCGAUGGUGGUGCGGUUUACUCGGGUGCGACAUUGAUGAACCUUGGUCUGCAGUUCCCCUUCAAGACUGAUUAUGGCAGCAAGGUUGUGAUUUUGGAAAAGCAAUGA